AUGGCGAAUACCGAAGAAGAUGUAACUAAUGAUGAUGAGUUAUUUGUCGUUUUUGAAUGCACUUCUCUGACAAAGACAAACAAAGGAUCUUCAGAUAUGUUGUCUGAUAUGCAUAAAUCUGACAGAAAAACUAGUAGAAAGAGGUCUAAAAAACAUUUUGUCGAGGAUUAUUUAGAUGGUAACAGUGUCGUAACUAAUAGUAAUAGUAACAGUAAUACUAAUAGUAAUAGCACUACUACUAGUGCUUGUAGUAGUAGUACAAGUACGAGUAACGUUAAUAAUGAUAAUGGUAUUACUAUUAGAAAUGAGGAGGAAAUUAGAUGGUGUGAGAAAGAUAACGACAAUUUUAAAAGCCUUUUGUCUAAUGACCAAUUAAUUAUUGUUGACUCUCUUGAAAGUGCGGAAUCUGAUGACGUAGAACUUGAAAUCACCCAAGCACGGGAUAAUAUUGCUACACCAGAUAAUGAAGAAAAGCAAAAAAUAUAUAAUCAACAUACAUAUGAUUCCAGUAUUUCCUCCAAGAUGGGCGGUAAUUUGUCUGUAAUACCAAGAUCUACAAACUCAGUAUCAGAUGAUAUAUCUACCAGUAAAUCGUUCCACCACAGAAAGGUUUCUAAGCUCCAUCGAAAUCGAAGAGAAAGGUUAAAACAAGACCUUCAUCAGGUUAAAACAAGCAAAGAAGGUUCUUCGAAUGGACCUUUGAUCACUGUGACUUUCAAAAAUAAAAGACUAGCAAAAAAGUAUCAAAUGAAAGUAGAAGAGUUUCUGAAAGAGUUGUUGGCUGGGGAGGAUCUAACAAUGGUUGAAAAUGACGAUGAAAGAAAAGAUACAGAAGGUGAACAUCUCCAGUUCUUCCAGGAUUUUUACGUUGACACCAUCCAGCACACCAAUAGUCACACUUCAUGUGGAAAACCAGAAAAAAUUCCUGUCUACGAUAAAGAUUAUGAAGAGAUCAUGCAAGACAAGUCACCAGAAGAAAAGCCUCAAAAGCUGGAAAAAUUUCGGCCAAGGGUCACAUGUUUCAACUGUAUGGGUGACCACCUUUUGGACAAGUGUCUUGAAAAGCAUGACCAGAGGAGAAUUGCAAGUAAUCGCAAACAGUACAUGGCAUUGUCACUUACGUCUAAGGCUAGGUACCACCAAGAGGAGAAGAACAGAAAAUUUAAACCAGGUACUAUUAGUAACGAACUUCGACAAGCACUUGACUUGCUACCCAAUCAACUCCCCCAGUAUAUUUAUCGGAUGAGAAUCUUGGGCUACCCUCCAGGCUGGCUGAAAGAAGCAGAGAUUGAAAGUUCAGGAAUAAUGAUGUAUGGAUCAGAUGGUAAAGCUGUUCAUCAUGAUGAAAACAUUGAAGAUGGUGAGGUUGAUGUCGACUCAUUGAAAGUUCAGUAUGAUCCCAUGAAGCUUGUUGACUAUCCAGGAUUUAAUAUCCCAAUCCCAUAUGGUUUCAUUGACGAAAGUGAACACCUCAGGAUGCCUCCCCUUCAGUUUCACCAGCUUCGAUAUGUUGCAGAGCAAAGCAUGAAGCCACCAGAGCCAAAACCGUACUUGAAAAGACAAAUUCCAGAUACUUCAAAUGUAAAAGCUAAGGUCAAGGUCAGCAGGCUAGACAGAAGUGAAGAAGAUAUGGAAGUUGAUUAUAACAUUCAAGGGAGAAUAAUUGAUUCAGAAGAUGAUGAAGCUGGCACAUGCAAGUUUAUUCCACCCCUUCCCCCAGAUACCCCCAAAAACACCCCUCCUCCUCCUCCUCCACCUUCUUUGCCUCCAUCAGAUUGCUCUGAUACAGAUGACCAAGGUACUGCAGCAUCUAGCCAAGUAUCGUCACGGGCAACCUCACCAUCUUUAACUGACUUGGAGGAGACUAAAAGGAAGUUGAUGAAAGAACUUGACCGGGUUGCUGACUCGACAGACUUGGAAGAUGGAAGCAGUCAAGAAUGUAGAGCCACUGAUUUAAUUGAGGAGACCUCUUUCAGUGAACUACCAACUGUUUGUGCUAAAAAUAUGCAAAGUGAUUCUGAAUCUGCCCAAAGUGAGGACUCUAAGAAAGCAACAGAGAAGAAGCAUAGUCGUUCUCUGUCAGUAUAUACUGGGACGCCUGUUCUGUCGAGAGUUAGCCAUCAUAACCACUUGCCAGAUUCUUCGAAGUUUAAGGAUGGUGUGUCUGAACACCUGCCCUUUGAAAACUUGUCCAACUCAACAGGAAUGUAUGAUAAAAUGAGGCAUGUAUUAGCAAAAGUGAAGCAAAAGCUUCAACAAUUAUAGUUUGAUAUCAUCGUGACGGGGUAUGUUUGCAGGAAUUAAAUCAUGAACAUGUUUUGGUCACCAAUCUUAAGUAUAAGAUUUUAACUGUUGAGGUGAAAUAUAUGUAUAUAUCUAUAUAUAUACCUGAUCUUUAGAACAUGAAGUAUAUAUUAUAGUUCUAUUUCUUAGUCUCCCUCUUUUGCGAUAGUCCUAACUUGUUGUAUUUAUGUUCAUUUAUCUUUUACUUUAAGCACGAACACAACUUUCGUAAAAAUACCUUUAAACUAUUUGAUAAGUUUGUAGACAUAAGAUUAUGCCCAUCUUAAAAUAUACAUUUAUCACACUAAUGGAAGAUAAAAUUAGAGAACAAAAAAUUGUGACCUGUCACCAAAACAUGUUGAUAUCAGUUUGAAGUCUUUUUGCAAACAAGAUAAUAAACUUUCGUAGUCUCCAAUCCAACAAAAUCAGGAAUGAUUGGUUAUAUAUAUAUAUUUACGUUCCAGUUUUACAUACAUACGUUGGUUGUGAUAAGCUAACUUUGAUAGAUAUUUUACGACACUGCUACAAAACCAAAAGGUUAUUUACUACUAGCGUUUAAGUUUUUAAGCUGAAAUCGUGAAACCUCAACUUGACAAGUAUCAUAUGACCUCAUGAAAUGUGCAUUAAACAUAUUUUAACAAUAUU